AUGACUGUGUAUACCGCCUCUGUUACAGCACCUGUUAACAUUGCUUAUUGGGGUAAAAGAGACAAGAGUCUUAACUUACCAACCAAUUCGCUGAUUUCAGUGACUUUAUCCCAAAAGGAUUUAAGAACUUUGACUUCAGUGGCCUCAAGUGCUGAUUUCACCUCCGAUAAGUUAUGGUUGAAUGGUACGGAACAAACUUUAGAUACUCCUAGAACACAAGCUUGUUUGGCGGAUUUAAGAAGUUUAAGACGUCAAUUGGAACAAAAUGAUUCAACUUUACCAAAGUUAAGUGAAUAUGGUUUACACAUCGUUAGUGAAAACAACUUUCCAACUGCUGCUGGGUUAGCUUCGUCAGCUGCUGGGUUCGCAGCUUUGGUGGCAGCUAUUGCUAAAGUGUAUCAGUUACCUCAUGAUAUGACAGAAAUCUCCAAGAUCGCCAGAAAGGGAUCAGGUUCUGCUUGUAGAUCAUUAUUUGGAGGAUAUGUUGCUUGGGAAAUGGGUUCCAAGGAAGAUGGUUCUGAUUCUCGUGCUGUUGAAGUUGCUCCUUUAAGUCAUUGGCCAUCUAUGAAGGCUGCUAUCCUCGUUGUUAGUGAUGACAAGAAAGAUACUCCCUCAACUGUUGGUAUGCAAACCACCGUGGCUACUUCUGAUUUAUUCCAACAAAGAAUCACCGACGUUGUUCCUGCUCGUUUCAAGGAAAUGUCAAAGGCUAUUAUGGAUAAAGAUUUCGCCAAAUUUGGUGAAUUAACCAUGAAGGAUUCUAAUUCAUUUCAUGCUGUUUGUUUGGAUUCCUAUCCACCUAUUUUUUACUUGAAUGAUACUUCCAAGAAGAUCAUCAAAUUAAUUCAUUCUUUAAAUGAUUCAGAAGGUGAAAUCAUUGCUGCUUAUACUUUUGAUGCUGGUCCAAAUGCUGUUAUCUAUUAUGAUUCUGUGAAUGAAGCCAAAGUCUUGGGGUUGAUCCAUAAAUAUUUCGGUUCCGUUCCUGGUUGGGAUAAACUCGAUACUUCUUCUUUAACUCCUUCAGAUAUCGUUGCUGAUGAUACCAUGUAUAAAGGUGUUAGUAGAAUAAUCUUGACUGAAGUUGGUCCUGGUCCUCAAGAUACCACUCAAACUUUGGUAGGAGAAAAUGGUCAGAAACCAUCACCAGAUCCAAAUCCCAAGCCUUCACGUCCACUGCAGAUCAUCAAUGCUGCUAAACAAAGGGUUCAACCAAACGUACAGCAAAUUAUCACCAAAGCUAAAGAUAAAGUGCCUCCAAAUGUCCAGCAGUUACUAUUGAAAGACAACGUCUACACUAUCCCCAAUUAUCUCACGUUGACUCGGAUUAUAACUACUCCUGUGAUUGGUUACUGUAUUGUAAAGGGACAUAAUGAUUUGGGAGGGGCCAUAUUUGUAUAUUCAUGUAUCACUGACUUUGUUGAUGGCUACAUUGCCCGUAACUUCAAGAACCAAAAGUCCAUCAUGGGUUCUAUCCUUGAUCCCAUAGCAGAUAAGUUUCUUAUGGGUAUAUGUACGCUUUCAUUGGCAUAUGUUAGUGCUAUUCCAGGGUACUUGGCAUUGUUGAUCAUUGGAAGAGAUGCCAUGCUCUCGUUGAUGGGGUUCUUUUAUCGAUGGAAGUCAUUACCUCCUGGUUCAAGGAAUUGGAAGAACUGGAUAGAUAUUUCCAAACCAACCAUUAGUGUUCACCCCAAUAUGCUUUCUAAGAUCAAUACAGGCCUUCAAAUGGUAUACAUUGGAGGAUUGGUUCUUAUGAGUGGAUUAGAACGGGUAAUUGACCCUACCAUCUUGGGUACCUUUUAUUCCUAUUUUGAAGUGGUAGUUGCCAUCACUACUAUCACCAGUGGUGCAUCAUAUUUGAAUAAAAAGCAUUUUAAGGUCAUUCCAUCACCAUUUAAAUGA